AGCCGUGUAUUGCCUAUAUAGUAGCAAUGCAAACUAUUGCAGCAGAAGGCGAAAUCAACGAGCAAGAACUGGUUGACAUUAUAAUAGACGGAAUGGAAGAUAAAACCAACAACAUAUCCAUUCUAUACGGAUCAAACUCAUUACAAGAAUUGAUGCAUGGAAUAGAUAGAUACGAGAAACGCAGGUCAAAAACAGUCAGUACUCAUAAAGAAGGCCGUGACAAUACUAAAGGCAUACGAUGUUUCAAUUGCUCUCAAUUUGGACAUAUGAAGAACACCUGCAAUAAGCCUCGACGUCCACCGGGAUCUUGUUUCCAUUGUUUCCAAAUGGGACAUUUUUACAAGGAUUGUCCUAAAAGGAUGAAUGUUACUGCUCCCAUAUUUUGUAGUAAUGAUAUUGUAGACACAACACAAAUGCCCAAUUAGUUUGGUUAAGAUGUCUUUAUUACCGACUGGUGUGAUACGUUCGAAGAAUUUAAUACCAACUUCGUAUGUUGGAGUUGGCAAUUCCCCUUUGAAAAUAUAUGGAAAUAUUUCUUGUUUAAUAAAAUUUAAAAAAUCGUCUAAACAAAUAGAAUUACUUGUUGUUCCGAACGAGAGCAUUCAUGUUCCAAUGAUUCUUGGACGGAACUUUAUGCAUGCAUUUAAUGUAAAAUUACUUCAAGUCAAGGAAACUACGAAUGAUAUAGAAGUAUUUGAAUCCACAAGAAAAAUAAAUGAC